CGAUCUUUUUCGCGUGUCACUCGAGUGUACCACCAUGCGCUAACCUAACAUUACGAAUGGGAUGGAAUCGCACGCAGUGGAGAAGUUGUUGGUGGUGAGUAGCCUGGUGAAGUCCUGUGCAGAUCUUCUCCUGGCUCCUUUGCUCAUCCAUGGAGCUCGAAAGUCGAAGCGAAUGGCGCUGGUGCCGUGGUUGGCGUGGAGCAGCAUCGGUGUCAUUUGGGAAGGAGGGAUGAUUGUUGCCUUCGCCAUCCAUCCCAAGUACUUGAGCAUCGUUAUCCAUCCCGAGUCCAUGAGCACCCAUCAGCAAUCACAUCAAAAUCUCCACGCCAGUUUCCUUAUUGUCACCUCUCUUUUCGCCGCAAUCGAAGUCUACUUCAUCCUUGUCGUCUACUCACACUACCAGAUCCUGAGACUGGAGGAAGAUGGAGGCAUGCGGCCAGUACAAUUGACCAACAUGGCUACCACUGCCGCCGCCCUUGCCACCACCAGCCCCACAAACAUCAACAGUAGUCGCAACAGCAGCAUCAACAUCAACAGUUUGAUUUUCUGAUGCGAGUGUUCGUUGGAAUUCCGAGCUCUCAUCGGAACAGAAUCAUGUUACCGUCAAUGUCCAUCAGGAGAUACACUUAAGGGCGGUACAGCAGAUGCGCUUUUGACCCUUAAUAUUCAGAAUAUACGUGAUCUUGAUAUAAUUAAGUGAAAGGUAGUAGGUAUUACAGUACUUCGCGACACGAACGACAAUCAGUA